AUGCGACGCAGGAAAGUAAAUGUAAUACAGCUUCCAGUAGAAAAUAUAGAAAGUAAAACUAUACCAGAAUCCAUAUCUGAAGUAUCUCAUCCUAAAGAUGAAGAUUCAAAUGCACAAAAACCAGAUAAUGAUGGUAAAGCAUCAAUAAACUUUGCAAAAAUGAAUUUAAAAUUCUUUGCUCAACAGACUAAUGCAAGUUAUUCUUCUUCAAUUUCAAGUACAAAUCAAACAAAAAAUGAAUCUACUUCAGAAACUAAGAAUGACAAAGAAGAUUCAGAAACCCCACAAGAGACAAGCGAGUUACAGCAUUUAUUUUCUCAAAAAUAUCAUGAUUAUGAUAAUCCAAAUUUUAUUGGACCAAAACCAAAUCCAGAAACACUUAAAAACGACAUACAGAAUGAAACAAAAAGCAAAGAACCAGUCAUCGAAAUUGAUCCCCAUAAAAAUGAAAAAUCUACUGAAAGGAAAUCUCUCCAAGAACUAGACGAAGAUGAAGAAUUGGAAAAUUUUGAUUUUGGGAAAUUAUUCAUCCAAGAAGGUGAAAGAAUGAUCGUUGAUAACUUUUUUGGGAAGAAACAAAAAAGAACAGUAGUUGAUUGGUAUCCUUCUCGAUUGCUCAAAAAGAGAUUUUGUGAGUACAUUACUCAAAACUAG